AUGGAGAAAACUGCUAUGAUCUUUAGUGGCAAUGUUUCAAGGGCCAGUCAGGAAGAGUUAAGGCAGCUAUGGGGUGUCUCUGAAGUGCAAGAUUAUGGGAAGUAUUUGGGUCUUCCUCCUGCAAUUGGUCGAUCAAAGACAAAUGCCUUUUCUGAGAUUAAACAAAAAGUGUGGAAAAAGCUUCAAGGUUGGAAGGAAAAUAUGUUAUCCCAAGGUGGGAGGGAAGUUUUGAUCAAGGCAGUGGCCCUUUCACUCCCAACUUAUUCAAUGAGCUGUUUUCUUCUCCCAAUUUCUCUAUGUUCUGAAUUUGAAUCCAUGAUGGUAAAGUUUUGGUGGAGCCAAAAGAAGGAUGAAAAGAGAAUUCAUUGGAUGAGUUGGAGGAAAAUGUGUGAGCAGAAAGGGAAAGGGGGAUUUGGUUUUAAGGAUCUGCAUGUAUUCAACUUGUCUUUGCUAGCCAAACAAGGGUGGAGGAUUAUGCAAGAAACAGACUCUUUGAUCCAUAAAGUUUCGAAGGCAAAAUACUUCCCUCAUGGAGUGUUCUUAGAAGCUGGUUUAGGUAAGAGGCCUUCUUCACCUGGCGAGGCAUUUGGGGGGCCAAGAAGUUGA